CCGGAGAGAGGCGGGGCCGCCUGUUCUAAUUCUGCUCUCGCGAGCUCUCGGAACCCUCGCGAGACCCGACGCCCGAUUUGUGCGCCCGGGAAACCCCGUUGCUCCCUUUCCCCUGGCUGGCAGCGCGGAGGCCGCACGAUGCCUGGAGUUACUGUAAAAGACGUGAACCAGCAGGAGUUCGUCAGAGCUCUGGCAGCAUUCCUCAAAAAGUCCGGGAAGCUGAAAGUCCCUGAAUGGGUGGACACUGUCAAGCUGGCCAAGCAUAAAGAGCUUGCUCCCUACGAUGAGAACUGGUUCUACACACGAGCUGCUUCCACAGCACGGCACCUGUACCUCCGCGGUGGUGCUGGGGUCGGCUCCAUGACCAAGAUCUAUGGAGGGCGGCAGAGAAAUGGUGUCAUGCCCAGCCACUUCAGCAGAGGCUCCAAGAGCGUGGCCCGUCGUGUCCUCCAAGCCCUGGAGGGGCUGAAGAUGGUGGAAAAGGACCAGGAUGGGGGCCGCAAACUGACACCUCAGGGACAGAGAGAUCUGGACAGAAUCGCCGGACAGGUCAGCCUUCCACCGAUUCUGGCUGCACGUUUCCUCAUUCUUCAUGCUUAUUGAGCACCAGAUGGGGGAGGUGGGCAGGCUGGCUCAGGACUCAGGUCUCCAUUCAGAUGACUGACUGACUGGACACUGGUACAGAGCUGAUUGAGCUGGAGCCAGUCUCCCUGUCUAGAGUGAUCUCUUGCCUACC